AUGACGGUCCCCACAAACCCCGAUGGGGCCGAGGACGUGAAUGACUUCCUGCUGCGCAUUCGGGAACUGGGCGAGCGCCGCGACAAGGAAGAUGAGGAGCGUACCAAGAAGCUGGAAGAGGAGAUUCUACAAGGCCGCAAAGAGAGACAGGCCCGCCGUGCUGAGCGAGCACGAUCGAUCGCCGGAUCUCCCACCAUGAAUGCUUUCAGACUGAGUGCCUCUUCCAUCGGCCAACCCUCGGCCAUCGAGCCUCCCGAACAGCUGGAGCCGACCCUGCAAACCCCAGAUCCUGAAACACCGGGCAGAGCGAGCCCGACCCAAGAACGAGACAUACUAGUCGGCGGUAUGAGACGUGGAUCAGUCCCGGACACCGAUACGGAUUCCCCCUCGCGAGCGAUACCAACCUUGUCACGGAGCCGAGCGGGGACCUUGUCAUGGCAGCAGCGCCCGUCUUCCCGUGAAUUGGGAAGCAGAUCGCCUGGCUCGAUAUCUCCGACUCGUUCCAGUCAUUUGAGAAAUGCGUCCACAGCCUCCGACGCCAGUGAGCUCUCUCGUGCCCAGAUUGCGCAGUCACUCUCAUCCAAGGACCCGUCAUGGUUUCGCCAAACCCCGGACCGGGGACUGGGUUCACCGGCAUUCCGUAAGCCCGAGGAACGGCCUGAUAGUCCAACAGAGUCGAUGGCAGGGCGUCGACUGCCUGGGUUGAGUCGUGACUCUACCAUUGAGCCGGAGAGGGUGGAGGAAGCAGAGGCGAGAUCACCUUCCCCACCGAGAACUGCCUCGACCGUCGGCGAUAGCAACUUCAGCAACCGAUAUUCGAGCGUGUCAUCCGUUUCUCCUGCCACUGGGCUCGGGUCUCCAGUCACCUUGACGGACACGCCGAAGUUGGAUCCGUCGCAGAAUGAGUCAGUGAGGGAUCCAAUUCCAGCAUCUCCAACCCAGCGACGGAUGUCACCAGAGCGAGCUCGCUCAACAUCACCCACGAAGGGAAUGGGUGGUUUCGUGCAGAGUGCCAUGAUGCGGCGUUCAGAUAGCGUAUCGAAACGGUGGAGUGCUCAGUUGCCGCAGGGAUUGAGCAGAAGUAACUCAAUUAUGUCGAACCGUAAUAGCGUGGCAGGGCCAAGUCUCACCGCGAGCGUCAGUGACAUGACUCCCACAAGUGUCACGCGACAAGCAAGAGACACUUCCCCGCUGCCUUCUCAACCACGACCCAGCUCAAGUCACAGUGAAGCAACUGUCCACCCCCAAGAGUCCACAGAGAGACCAACCACACCCUCUGGUCCCAGGAACGAGACUCGCCCUGAAGGUAGCCCAGGCCGACCUGCCUAUUACGGCCACUCCAGAUCAACCAGUUCAAUGACUGCAGAUAGUAUGGCUGGUGAUACCCCAUCAAGCCCCUUCACUUCUCGAACAAUGGACCCCAGACGCUGGAGCCCAACCAAAGCCUCCUGGCUCGAGAGUGCGCUCAACCGUCCGGAGUCUCCCCGGACUCAGAAGCAACCGCCACCACAACAACCCUCAUGGGUACGUGACCGCCAGUCGCGGGGCAGUAUUGAUGCUGGUCGCGUGAACAACUUCAAAGAAGUCACCCCCAUUAGCUUGAUGCGAACACCCCCGCCAGGUGGCCACUUCAAGAAGCCAAGUCUUUCUGGAGCUCCUCCAGCCUUCGGUGUGCCCAGCGCGACGAAGCCAAAGGAACCAGAGCCAGAGUCACCUGUCGCUGAAGCAACAGAUAAUGAGCCUCAGUCGGCGACGACAGAGCCAGUUGAAGAAGACCCAGAACUCGAGGCAGCAGAAGAGGCAGAGCAAGAGGAAGAGCCCAAGCAGGAAGACACGACUCCUGUCUCUCCCUCUGUCACUCCGAAGACCCAGCCUGAACAAGUACAAGCGUUAUCUGGAAAGAUUCCAGAACCCGUGCCAACUCGCAAGUCUCCGCCUCCCGCACUCAGCAUGAAGCCAAAUUUCUCUCUUCCUCUCCGAGAUCCCCUUUCGCCCAGACCCAAGCCCCAGUCUCCCGUUAUUGAUUUCCGAGCCAAUCUGCGUAAGCGCGAGGUCGCCAAGGAGACUGGUCCUCAGACAGAGCCCGAAUUCAAGAACGUGUUUGGCAAGCUCAAAAAGGCCGAGACUCGUAAUUAUGUUGCACCGGACGAGCUCAAGGGCAACAUCCUCCGCGGAAAGGCUGCCCUGAAUGUCACUGGAGGACCGAAGAAAACCCAGCGUGUCGAUGAGCUCAAGGAGAGCAUUUUGAAGCGGAAGGAGGAAAUGAAGGCCGGUGGGGGAUCUAUCAGGCGCAAUACACUAGGAGAAAAGGAUGCCCUGGAGAAGCCUGCUGAUGUUGUGCCCGAAGCCAUCGCUAAGCGCCAGCUCAUGAACAAAACCAUCAGCGCCAAGCGAGACGACGAGCAGCCAUCUCCUACUGCAAGCGCCAGCAGCCCCACAAAGUCAACACUGGAAUCGCCCCUGUCUCCACCUCCACCAACUGAGGAACCUAUCGCUACACCAGAGCCAGAGGUAGUCUCUCCGAUCACUAGCCCCGUGGCUACAAGAGUUGUGAAUCCGGAGCCAAUCACAAGUCCCAAGGAAGACCGCAAAUCCAUCACCGAGACGAUUAUCACAGAGGUUGAGCCGGAACCAAAACCUGUCCGCGAGACAGCUAGCUCUGUUCGUGGUUUGCCGUCCGCGAGGCGACCAACAGCAACUACGCCUGUUGUAAAUCCAUACUCGACGGCAAAAGGAAAACUCGCAGGCCGAAUCAACCCUGCCCUAGCAAAUCUACUCUCUCGCGGUCCCCCCGUUGCAGCCGAGGCGCCUAAGAAGGAUCUAGUGAUUUCGCCCUCUGGCGAGAGCUCGCCCGCCACUCCCUCUGCACCACUUACCCAUAUGACGAAAGCUCGUGCUAGAGGACCUAAAAGAAGACUGCCUGGUGGCGCUGCCGUGCCAGCUGCUGUCCCAUCCGCGCAGGAUACUAAGGAGGUUGGUGCCAUUUCUUCUCCUGAAGUCCCAUCCUCGCAGCAACUUCCCGAGCCCGAGGUCUCUUUAGAGCCUCACUCGGAGAACCUGCCGAAAGAAAGCACGGUCCCCGAUACUGAACCCGCUCGAGCAGAGAGCCCCGUUAUCAAGCACCAGCUCCCGGAAGUAAGAACCAGCUUCCAGAAUGCUCUCAACAGCGGACUGCAGUAUAGGCUGGGUAGCAUGUCGCCGAUGUCGCCGAUGUCCCCUAUGUCGCCCAUUUCUCCCAUCUCGCCCAUUUCCACACGAGACGCACCCACCGCUCAAUCUCCCAGCGGGUAUAGCGAUAAAGAGAAUGUCAGCCAUGAACAUGGGUCUCCAAGGGACGUAAGCCCGUCGCCAAGCCCCCUUUCAACUAGGCCCCCCGUUCCACCUAAGCCAAGCUCGCCAUCGCCGCUCCCAACAUCACCUUCAACUCCCGUAGCCAGGCCACAAUGGGUACAGCCGCCCCGGUAUGCGUCGCCUUCUUCUCCAUCGCCUCUAAGAACGAGUUUCAAGGAAAAUCAGAUGGACACACCGGACAUAACACCCCAAAAACCGCUUCCCGGCAUGAUCCCGGCCGACUCUUCACCUCAAUCAAAAGCUCUCCCAUCCCCACCAGUCGCUACCAGGCGAUCUGACGUCUCUCUUAACAAGCCUCGUCAUUCGCACCGAUUGUCGCGGAAAAUGUCUGCACCCUCGCUAGUUGCGCAGGCAGCGGAAGCUCGCGAAGUCAUCGCUGGUUUCUUCAAAGCCUUCCCCAACCCGCGAGACCGUAUGGAUAUCGACCCACAGUUGAUGUUGACGAGUAAGCCCGAUGCGACAAAGAUCAGAACUGUUAAGCGCUAUAUCUGGGAGCUGACGGGCGAUGGGAAGAGACAAGAACUCCCUAUCAACCAGGAGUAUGUCUUGUACGAGGGAAGCAUGUACCUAUGUGUGCAUCAGUUCGAAGCACAGGGUAGCAGCAGCACCGAAGUGUACCUCUGGUGUGGAGAUGACGUCCCAGAACCGGCAUUGGAAGACGCGCAGCUGUUCGCUCGCAAGGUGGGUCGCGAGAACGGCUGCAAGUUGGUCGUGGUUCGACAAGGCAAGGAGCCUGUGCGGUUCAUUCAAGCCCUCGGUGGAAUUAUCAUCACUCGCCGUGGAUUCAGUUCUCGCUCCAACUCGUCCGCCUUGUACAUGCUGUGCGGUCGAAAGCAUAUGGGUCAGAUGGCCUUUGACGAAGUCGACUACUCGCUGCGCAACUUAUGCUCCGGUUUCCCAUUCGUGAUCUCUGCACCUUUCGGUAAACUGUAUCUCUGGAAGGGCCGGGGCAGCGGUCCCGAGGAAACGGGCGCUGCUCGUUUGAUCAGCAUGGAUCUCGGCUUGACUGGCGAGUUUGAAGAGUGUGAUGAGGGCCAAGAACCAGAAUGCUUCUUCGAGGAUUUUGCGGGCUCUAGCGAAGGCAACUCCCUUCUGUGCUCGGACUACUGGCAAUUGAAGCCAAAAUACGAUCACUUCCGCACAAGGCUUCUUCGUGUUGAUCAUGAGCUAGCCCAGCCCACCCGCUUCUGGAUGCGCCGUCCUGGCUCGGGAUCACCCGUUGUCCGACCGAAUGACACUGUCCAGGAAAUUGAGCCAUUCUGCUACAAAGACCUGACGGAGAAGGAUGUUUACGUCCUGGAUACAUUCUUCGAGAUCUAUGUCAUCGUCGGUGAGCAAGCCUCCCAGAAAUCAGCAGACUUCGCCUCCGCAGUUGUCUUCGCCCACGAGUACGGCAUCCUCGCCGCGUCUCUCCAAGAUCGCCCAUUCAUCCCCAAGAGUUUCGUCGCGUUAGGCGGCAUCCCAGAUCGAUGCCAAAGUGCAUUCCGCAAAUGGGACCCCCACGCCCUCAGCGCGCCCUGCGUGUUCCCUCUCGAGGUGGCUAUUGAAGCUAUCCGCUCUCAUGAUCGAAGAGAUUAA